AUGGCAUGGCAGUGCGGGGUUCUUGCCAAAGGUCUCGGGCAUUCUACAAGCCUAAUAGAAUGGUGGUGUGUUUCUGAGAAUGAGGGAUUAUCAAUUGCGGACGACGGUAGUGAGGGUUGGGUAUUGUCAACGUGGCCUCGGACCGGCCCGCAACCGCCCAACGACAAUUGGUUUGCAUUAGAAGCCAGCACUGACCAAACAUAUGGUCAGUGCUACAGACCCGAUAAACUUCGGCAUGGUUUGGAUGCAUGGACUGAUGUUCGGCAAACUGCAGGGUCACGAAAAGGGAAAUUGACCAGCCGUGAAACGAGCUAUAUCUAA